AGUGGCCUCUGGCCCUCGGAAUCGGAUUCGUAUUUUCCCGUGUGAUCACAAUCACGGCGGUCGUGGAUUGGUGGGUUUAUAGCCAAUCACGGUUGCCGCAAGAUGUUGUUGUGGGACGCGCGCCGGCACAUUCGCACACGCAUGCCGUCGAAGCGAGUGCGCGUGAAGGCCGAGGCGGCGCCGGUGCUCGGCCCCGUCUUUCUGCAGAAAAUCUUCCGGCUCUUCAGCGAGACGCCACGCCACGUCGCUCACUGGGGCCGCGACGGCCGCACGGUGCGCAUCGAGGACCCACAUCGGUUUGCCCUGGAUGUUUUGCCCUUGUACUUCAACCACAGCAAUUUUCUGAGCUUUGUGCGCCAGCUCAAUUUUUACGGCUUUCGCAAGUACAAGCCCGAGGACGGGCUGAGCCACCUGCCGUCCGAGAAGGCGUCAUAUGCGUGGGAGUUUAUCCACGACCGCUUCCAACGCAGCGCGCCAGAGCUCGUCGCGACGAUCCGCCGCAACGGGCACGUUGCGCCGCCGCCAACUAGUGACGCCACGCCACAGACGCUGCCGGACCUCCAGAUGCAGGUGCAGGAGCUGCAGCGGAACAGCCAAGACAUGGUGGCGCGCAUCUCAGCACUCACGUCGCUCCUCUCCGAGUUUGUGCGCGAUCAACAGGAAACCACCGAGCCAUCAUUGCCUUCCAGCGACGACGAUGGACCACACCACAACGACGUAUAUGGAAUGCGUUGACACAGCGAAUCAAUGAGAAAUUGUAUGAACUAAGUGAUCUUACCACCGAGCAAAUAAGGACUGAUUGCGCGACAAUUGACGACAGGUU